CGUUUUUUGUCUUCGCCUCAAAAAGUGGAAAGUCCUUAAAAAUCUGCUUAAUUCCUACUUAUUUUAAAUUAUUUCGUGUCCGAUAAGAGUGAAUUAGAGCUAUUUGCAACUUCUGUCAUCGAUUUUGUUGGAUAACGCAGUCCGAAAAGUGGAGAACCACAGCGCCAACAAUACCGGGCUGAAAACACGAAAAAGGAUUCUAAAUCCUUUUACAACGCCACUGGAACUAACUCUCAAUCAACCCUAGAGAGUAUGAAUCUUAACUUACUUUCCAAAGCGCUCGGAGUCUGCGGAUACGUGAUUCAGUAUGGCUGUAUUACCCACUGCACCUUCGAAUACAUCGGCGAUUUCGUUGUCUGUGUUGGACCAUCGAUGGAACCGACGCUAACCACUAACAACGUCCUCGUUACAGACCGGAUUACACCUCGCCUUUCGAAGCUGCAGCGCGGAGAUAUCAUUAUAACGAAGAGCCCCACAAAUCCGGUGCAGCACGUUUGCAAACGCAUCAUCGGGAUGCCGGGAGAUCGCAUAAUGACCAAGGCAUCCUUUAAUCUGAAUCCCCUCUCCAACACGCACACCAUUUACACUACGGUCAUACCAUCUCCGAACCCUUCGGAAGAAAAUCCGGCAACCACGACCAAAGCACUCAGCGCAACAGUCGCCAAGUUACGGGAAAAGGUGGACUUUGUAAGCAGCUCUGUCGAUGAAACGCCGACGGCACCACUAUCUGGUUCGAACACUAGCCACGAACAGGAUAUCUAUGAACAGGAAGAAUUCGAAACGACCCUCUCAACGAUGGGCCACGGAGGUGAGCCUAGAACCAGCAUCGUAACGGUACCGCGAGGCCACCUGUGGAUCGAGGGCGAUAAUGUGCAAAACAGUUCCGAUUCUCGUAAUUACGGACCGGUGCCGAUCGGUCUCGUGAAAAGUCGAGCCAUUUGCCGGUUGUGGCCGUUGAGUGAGUUCAAAUUCUUCAUCUGAGCGGCUGCACUGAUGCCAGAAUCGGUAGAACGUUGAAUGAUAUUAAAGACCGUGCUGGUUAUUGUUGGUUAUGAGCAGUUCUGUGAGUCUCCGUGUAACUGAAACUAUGCACCAGAUUGCCUAUUUAUUAUAGUUCUGCCAGAUUUGCGUUCCAAAAGAUAAAUCACCGCAAGAGAACUCCAUGUUACGAUGCUUUGCUUGCUUCGAUUUGAAGGAAAUUUCUCCAAGCCGACGUAGACUUCUUAUUAAAAGAUCAAAGGAGACUGGAUAAAAGUAGGCAACAGUGUUGCCUGUUCUGGCCAAGCAGAACAAGAGAUUAAUGGUGGUAAUAAAUGUUUUUCCCCUUGUUAAAUGACUUCUAUGUGAAUGGC